GAUCCAGCAGUGAAGGAGAGGAAGAUUCCCGUUUUCCAUCAGUUUGUGAGUGUGUAGUGUAGUGAGUGUGUGAUUGUGCUUCAUUUGCUGCUCACACGAUCGUUGUUCCUGCAUGUGAGAAAUCUCCGUGGAGAAUUGAGAGCAAACUACUGGAGACUGAGCCUAUAAAUACUGGAAUAUUCCCAUCAGUCUACAAGUGAGGACGAGCAUCAGACCUUCAGACAGAAGUCAAAUCUGAGUUUAUUGAAGGACAGUGGGAAGAUGAGUGAUCCAGAACCCUGCAGAAUUACAGAUGAAGACACUGAAGAACAAACAGAUCUUACUGAAGAGAGUGAGGAGAGUGAAGAUGAUGAACUCCUAAAAGCUGGGAAAACACCUAAUUUACAGACUGAAGAUGCUUUAAUGCAAAGAGACAAGAAUCGAUUGACCUGCAGUCAGUGUGGGAAGAGUCUGGCAAGCAAGUAUAUUCUUAAUGAACACAUGAUGAUCCACACUGGAGAGAAACCAUUCACAUGCACUCAGUGCGGGAAGAGUUUCAGACACUCAUCAAACCUCAAUGAACACAUGAAGGUCCACAAAGGAGAAAGAACCCACAGAUGUGAUCAAUGCGGGAAAACAUUUUUGAGGGCGCCAGGGCUGAAAGUCCAUCUCAGAACUCAUACAAAGGAGAAGCCUUAUUCAUGCUCUGAGUGUGGAAAGAGUUUUACACAGCUGUCACAUUUAAUGCAACAUCAGAAGAUCCACACUGGUGUUAAAGAGUAUAUGUGCUUUGAGUGUGGGAAGACUUUUAUUACAGCUGCAGAACUGCAACGACACCAGAGGAUCCACACUGGAGAGAAACCGUACAAGUGUUCACACUGUGAUAAGAGAUUCAGUCAGUUCACACAUCUGAAAACACAUGAGAGGAUUCACACAGGAGAGAAACCGUACUCAUGUGAUCAGUGUCUGGAGAGAUUCACACACUCGGCGCAGCUUAAGAAACACCUGAAAGUCCACACUGGAGAAAAGCAGCACACAUGACAUCAGGGUUUGAGUCAUUUUUAUGAAUUGAUUGUACCAUAGACGGCCCCAUUCCAGGCGAUCACAGGCCUUUUUCUGCAUCUAUAAAGAGAAGGCCAGUAGGUGUUUUCAACUUCCCCGAUUCAGACAUGUAAUACUCUGCCAACAUUAUCUGAGGCCAAACGACCUAUUAUAAGACCUGAUUGGUGUGGAUGAACUCAUUUAUGAAUCACUGACGUCUUCAUUAAUCAGAGAAAUAGCCCUAUACUCAGAGCAGAGAUCUUCCUCAGGUUUAGGUAAAACAGUAAUUAAGGCAGUAUUAAGAUCCUUAUGAAUAUGGCCUUUGGUGAUUCGUUUAUUGAAUU